UCUCCGAACCCAUCAAUGCGUAGCCAACUUUGUAUUCCAUUUCAUCAAAUACAUUAGCAAGCUUUGAUCAUAUUUCCUUUGGUUUAGUAAUUUCUGGUUGAUCAGAAAAUGGCGGAGGAGCAUACCCACAAGGAGGCCGAGUUCGGUGGCGAGCAGGGAGCAGUGGAGAGCAAGGACCGAGGAGUGUUUGACUUCUUGGGGAAGAAAGAAGAGGAGAACCCCAAACCUAAGCAGGAGGCUUUGGCCAGUGAGUUCGAGAAAGUUAAGAUAGAAGAAUCGCAGGCGGAGGAGGAACGUAAAGAAGGAGAGAAGAAGCCCACUCUCCUCGACAAGCUUCACCGAUCCGGUAGCAGCUCCAGCUCUUCUAGCGACGAGGAAGAAGGUGAAGGCGGAGAAAAGAAGGACAAGAAAAGAUUGAAGGAGAAAACCGGAGGAGAAAAGAAAGAUGAAACUGCAGUUCCAGUGGAAAAGUCGGACGAGCAGCCAGAGACACCGGAGAAGAAGGGUUUCAUUGAUAAGAUCAAAGAGAAACUCCCCGGACAACAUAAGAAAGAUGAAGAGGAUGCAACACCAUCACCACCGCCGACGCCUGCUACUGUACCAGCUGAUAAAGUUGCGGUUGAGUACCAUGAAGAAGAGUCGAAUGAGAAGAAGGGACUUUUGGCGAAAAUCAAGGAGAAGAUUCCUGGUUACCACACCGAAACUGAGGAGGAGAAAGAGACCACUGCUUCACAUUGAACAAUCGAUACUCGUAUAUCUGAAGUAAAAUUGCCUAUGGGAUUGUGUGUUUCUUAAUUUGUUUUGUUUCGUUUUUUUUAUUGCAUAUUUCAUAUAAGCUUGUCUUUUUUCCUGCUUCAAAGUAAAACAUUACAGUACUGUUA